AUGCUUGCUGCCCGUUCAUCAAUUCGUUCUCAAAGGGGGUCUAUCAGAAGUUUAGCUACCCAGGCUAACUAUUCUGGACUUCAUGUUCCAUCAGAUUUCACAUCUAGAACCCCACCAUAUGAAAAGCUCAUCUCCAAGCUUGAAGUGGUAUCCAAGAUUGUGGGUGACAAACCUUUGACACUUGCAGAAAAGAUCUUAUAUUCACAUUUGGUUGACCCUGAAGAAUCGUUGGCUUCAUGCCAGGGCCAGCUCUCUAACAUUAGAGGUCAACAAUACUUGAAAUUGAAUCCAGAUAGAGUUGCCAUGCAGGAUGCCUCUGCUCAGAUGGCUUUGUUGCAAUUCAUGACCUGUGGUAUGAGCUCCACUGCUGUCCCAGCAUCUAUCCACUGUGAUCACUUGAUUGUUGGUAAAGAUGGUGCCGAAGAAGAUUUAACCAAAUCGAUCGCUACUAACAAAGAAGUGUUUGAUUUCUUGCAAAGUUGUGGUGAAAAGUAUGGUAUUCAAUUCUGGGGUCCAGGUUCAGGAAUCAUCCAUCAAAUUGUGUUGGAAAACUUCUCCGUUCCAGGUUUGAUGAUGUUGGGUACCGAUUCACACACCCCAAACGCUGGUGGUUUAGGUGCCAUUGCUAUUGGUGUUGGUGGUGCUGAUGCCGUUGACGCCUUAACUGGUACGCCUUGGGAAUUGAAGGCUCCUAAGAUUAUGGGUGUUAAAUUGACAGGUCAAUUGUCUGGAUGGACUACACCAAAGGAUGUCAUCACUAAAUUGGCUGGUAUCUUGACUGUAAGAGGUGGUACUGGUUACAUUGUAGAAUACUUCGGCGAAGGUGUCGAAUCUUUGUCAUGUACAGGAAUGGCUACUAUCUGUAAUAUGGGUGCUGAAAUUGGUGCAACCACUUCCACUUUCCCUUACCAAGAUGCUCACCGUAGAUAUUUAAUUCAAACAGGUAGAGAGCCUAUAUCUAAGGCUGCUGAUGUGGCCAACAAGCAAUUCAACUUCUUGAGAGCUGAUAAGGGCGCCCAAUACGAUGAAAUUGUAGAAAUCAAUUUACUGGAAUUAGAACCACAUGUAAAUGGUCCAUUCACUCCAGAUUUGUCUACCCCAAUUUCUAAGUUUGGUGCUACUUCUGCUCAAGAGGGCUGGCCUUCAAAGGUUUCCGCUGGUCUUAUUGGAUCUUGUACAAAUUCUUCCUAUCAAGAUAUGUCCCGUGCAGUCUCCAUUAUCAAGCAAGCUGAAUCUGUUGGUUUGAAACCAAAGAUCCCAUUCUUUGUUACCCCAGGUUCUGAACAAAUUCGUGCUACCAUUGAAAGAGAUGGAUUAAUCGAGACUUUUGAAAACAACGGUGCCAUCGUUUUGGCAAAUGCAUGUGGUCCAUGUAUCGGUCAAUGGGAUAGAACUGAUGUUAGCAAGGACUCAACUGAGUUCAAUUCAAUUUUCACUUCAUUCAACAGAAAUUUCCGUGCAAGAAACGAUGGUAACAGAAAUACUAUGAAUUUCUUAACCUCUCCAGAUAUGGUUACAGCUAUGAUUUAUUCUGGUGACUCCAACUACAACCCAAUCACAGACUCCAUCAAAUUACCAAAUGGGGAAGAUUUCAAAUUCGUAGCUCCAACCGGUGAUGAAUUACCAUCCAGUGGUUUCAUUCCAGGUAGAGCCGAAUUUUACCCAGAACUUCAACCACAACCAAAAUCUGAUGUCGAAGUUAAUGUUUCCCCAGAAUCUGACAGAUUGCAAUUGCUAGACCCAUUCCUUCCUUGGACUGGUUCUGAAUUAUCUACCAAUGUAUUAUUAAAGGUUGAGGGUAAGUGUACCACCGAUCAUAUUUCAGCCGCAGGUGCUUGGUUGAAGUACAAGGGACACUUGGAAAACAUUUCAUACAACACAUUGAUUGGUGCAGUUAACAAGGAAACUGGUGAAGUUAACAAAGCAUACGAUUUAAACGGUGACCAAUAUAGUAUCCCAGAAUUAAUGAUCAAAUGGAAGCAAGAUGGAAGACCUUGGAUUGUCGUUGCUGAACACAACUACGGUGAAGGUUCUGCCAGAGAGCACGCUGCAUUGUCACCUAGAUUCCUUGGUGGUCAAGUUCUUUUGGUCAAGUCAUUCGCCAGAAUCCAUGAAACCAACUUAAAGAAACAAGGUAUGUUACCAUUAACUUUCGCUGAUGAAGCUGACUACGAUAGAAUCUCCGCAGGAGACUUAUUGACUACUGUUGAUUUGGUCGAUAUGGUAGCUAAGGAUGGUAACAAUGGAGGUAAAUUGACUAUCAAGGUGACCAAGAAGGACGGAUCUGAGUUCGAUAUCUUGUGUAAGCACACCAUGUCUAAAGAUCAAAUUGAAUUCUUUAAGGCCGGUUCUGCUAUCAACUACAUUGGUAACGAAAAGAAGAAACAACAGCAACAAUAA